AUGCUUGGCCCUGUUGAUGGCGGGGAUGAUGAUAGAGGAUGCCAAUCGGUGAUGGUGGUGGACCGAGCAAGAGAGGGCGCAGUGGAUGCGAUCGUGUUCGACAAGACCAUAAAUGAACCUGAGGAAGAGACUACCUUCGGGCUUCACGGGGACAAAACCGUUGCUGCUGGUAAUGAAAUUAAUGGUUUUGGAUUUAUAGAAGACACUAAUCUCACCGAUCAGAAUGUUAGCAAGAGGGCCGGUGACAGACAUAACCAACCGGGGGAAGAAGGCUACGCGAAUUCUGACGAGGGCAGUGGCACUGAGGCACCAAGCCUGGAGGAGCAGGAGACGGAAAACAAGAAGACCUGGGAACUAGCUAAGGAAUCAGGAGCAGUGUUGUAUGAUGAAGAGGAUGACAUUAUGGCUAUUCUUCAAGAACAGAAUGAAGAAAUCGCUCGGAAAAAGAGGUUGGCAAAACAGAAAGCUAAAGCAAGACGGAGCAGGCCAAAAUCUCACAAAAAGGGGGUUAAGGGGGGAUGGGAAGAUGAGGAUGGUGAAGGACCUAAGAAAAAAUAUAGAUUGAACAUGUUAGGCCUGGUAGAGCUUAAAAAACAGACUAUAACAAGAUUUGAUGUUUUGAAAAUUUGGGGAAAUGGCUGUGUAGGGUGGGAGUAUGUGGGGUCUGAUGGUGCCUCUGGUGGGCUAAUGUUAGUGUGGGAUGAUGUUUUUUUUAAAUUGCGUAAUUGCCAUAAAGGAGAGAGGUGGUUGUGUGUAGAAGGGAGCUUGGUGAACAAUAAUGUUGAUUGUGCUUUUUUCUUAGUUUAUGGUGCGCAUUCUAGAAAUGAAAAAUUUAUUGUGUGGGAGGAGUUGAGUUACAUAACUGGUUUGUGCCAAGGCCCCUGCUGCUUUCUUGGGGACUUUAAUGAGAUUGUACAAGUGGAGGAAAGACAAGGCACAGAUACGUUAACUCCAUCGGCGGAAGAUUUCAAGAAUUGGAUAGCUGACAUGGGAUUGGAGGACUUGCCAAUCACUGACCGUAAAUUUACAUGGUUCAGAGGACGAUCUUGUAGCCGCAUCGAUAGAGCCUUGGUCAGUUUGGAAUGGCUUGAGGUGUUCCCGGAGACUCGCUUGAGAGGUGGGCCACGGGGAUUGUCAGAUCACUGCCCUAUUAUCGUGGAGGUCAACAGGCGAAGGGAUGGCCGGAGACCAUUCAGAAGUCUAGAUUCGUGGUUCACUCAUGAAGGGUUUAUGAGAUUGGUUAAAGAAGAAUGGAGAGGGCUAGGCGACUUACAAUUCACUGAUAAAUUAAAGGCUUUGACGGGUCCUCUGGGAAGGUGGCAUAGGGCGAAUUUUAGUGAUAUGGAUAAGAAAAUUGUGAAGUUUGAAGACGAGAUUAAGAAGCUGGAUGAUAUGGUGAGUAACGGGGUUUAUGAUGGAACGAUGGAGGCUAGGAGGAGAGCCUUAGUUAUGUGUUGCGAGAAAUGGUAUGUGAGGAAAGAACUACAUUGGAAGCAAUUAUCAAGGUCGAAGCACGCUAAGGACAUGGAUAAAAAUACCAGAUAUUUUCACAACUUAGCUUCUGCGAGAAGGAGGAAUAACAGGAUUGAUGAGCUGGUUAUUAAUGGACGACUGAUAAGGAAUCAAGCUAGGAUUAAGGUUGCCAUCAACGAUUUUUACAAAAACUUAUAUCAUCAAGAGAGGUCGCCCAGGAUAGGUUUCAGAGAUGGUCUGGUGAAUGUGAUCUAUGAGGAAGAUGCUUUGGCGUUAGAGCUACAACCGACACCUCAGGAGAUUAGGGAGGCAGUGUGGGAUUGUGACUCCUCCAAGGCUCCAGGAUGCGAUGGGUACAACAUGAACUUCAUAAAGAAGUGUUGGGAUGAAAUAGGUGCUGAAUUCACAGCAGCGGUAUUGGACUUUUUCCAAUCCUCAAAGUUACCGGCAGAUGCUAAUGUUACCUGGGUGGCACUGGCCCCCAAGUUUACUGGAGCCAAAGAAAUCAAAGAUUUGCGGCCGAUCAGCAUGGUGGGGUGUGUGUAUAAAGUGAUCUCGAAGAUAUUGGCUAGGAGAAUGCGGGGAGUUAUGCCAGGUCUAGUGGGUGAGACACAGACUGCUUUUGUCAAAGGUCAUAAGAUCCAUGAUGGGGCCCUGAUAGCGUGUGAAACUGUCCAGUGGUUCAAACUAAGGAAAAAGGAAGCGGCAAUUGUUAAGUUAGAUUUUCAGAAAGCAUAUGAUAGGGUGAAGUGGAGCUUUGUGGAUCUUGUUUUGCAAAAGAUGGGGUUUGGAGAAAAGUGGAGGGGCUGGGUUAUGGAAUGCAUUAGCACGUGUUCUAUGAUGAUUGCAGAGGCCGUUGGGAACGGUCGUAUAUCGCCGCUGUUGGUUGGGAGGGAUCUUAUCCAGCUGUCACAUCUUCAGUUUGCAGAUGAUACGGUUUUGUUUUGCCCACCUGAGGAAGAAACCAUUAAAAAUUACAAGAGGGUGUUGGGGUGUAAUGAAGCAACUCUUCCAGUAAAAUACCUGGGAAUCCCGCUUGGAGCAAAUCCGAAGUUGGUUAAGACUUGGAAGCCAAUUAUAGACAAAGUGGAGGAAAAGCUUAGCCUCUGGAAAGCCAAGGUCCUCAACAAAGCUGGAAAGUUGGUGCUGAUCAAAUCUGUGCUGAAUAGUCUCCUGGUGUAUUAUCUGAGCUUAUAUAAGAUGCCUAAGGUGGUAGCGGAGAAGUUGAUCUCAUUACAGAGAAGAUUCCUAUGGAGUAAGGAGGAUGGGAGGAAUGGUAUGGCUAUGGUCAAGUGGGAGGUGGUGCAGGCUCCUAAAAGGCUAGGAGGCCUAGGAAUUGGAGAUGCUAUGAUCCGGAACACAGCUCUCCUUUUUAAAUGGUGGUGGCGAUUUUCUAAGGAAGAACUACCUAUUCGAGGUGGUUCGUGGAGGGAUAUUUGUCAGUUACAGUUCAAGAGUCAAGAACUGAGGCAGAAGAUAAUUGAUGGGUUGUCUAUGGAGGUUGGAGAUGGAAGAGAAACUCGUUUCUGGGAGGACGCCUGGCUGCUUGGAGGGUUGUUGAAAGAUCGAUUUCCUAGACUCUACUCUGUUUCAAACCAAAUAGGAUCAGUGAUAGGGGAUUGUGGGUUUUGGGAUGGGUUAGAGUGGAUAUGGAACUUCCAGUGGCGUCGACAAUUGUUCCAAUGGGAGCUGGAUCUUGUGAACCAGCUACUUGAUGAGUUAAGGCUGGUAAUGCAGGCGGACAUGGUCCCGGAGGAGAUCUCAAGCUAUAGCUUUACAAGUACUAUUUGGAAAGGACUCGUGCCACCAAGAGUGGAGGUGUUUGUUUGGUUUGCAUUGACUGACAGAAUCAGUACGAAGGAGAGACUGAGUCGACUUGGAGUUAUUAACCAACAAGAUACCUUAUGUGUAUUAUGCAAUAAUUGUGUUGAGUCUAGUCACCACUUGCUUCUAGGAUGUAGCUUUUCUUGGCAGAUUUGGUGCGCAUGGCUAUCUUAUGCUGGUAGAUUAUGGUCUUGUCCGGGCUCGUUGAAGGAACAUUUCCUAAGUUGGACUGAGGUCACAGCUAGAAAGGCGGAUCGUAAGGCAUGGAUGAUUAGCUUCUGCGUGAUUAUCUGGAAUUUGUGGUUGGAAAGAAAUAGAAGACUAUUUCAGAACAGGAGUAAAGGAGUGGAGGAGAUUGUUGACAUGUACUCUCUGAACUACAAGGAGUGGCUAGGUGCAAAUCCCUUUGGUUGUUGA